CAACUCAAACAACUUUUUUUUUUUAUAUAAUUUCUUUCCUUAAUGGGCCCGAUAAAUAAACAUAAUAGAUUACUGCGAUGUAUAGAAUGAACAGAAAGCUACUUGUAGAGGUUUUUCUUCUUCUUAAAACAAAAACAACCAGACAGAGAGUUGGUAGCCAAACUCAAGAAAACAACCUAAGAUCCCAAAUCUCCUCCGAUGACCACUCCAAUUCUCCAAUUAAUCUUCCUUUUAAUCCUCUCCCCUCUCCGCCAAUUACCCCCCUCCAAACCAGCAACCCCCACCAGAAUCCAACUCCCCCACCCAACUCCCACCACCCUCUCCGUCACCGACUUCGGUGCCAUCGGAGACGGCAUCCACUACGACACAGAAGCCAUUCAAUCAACCAUUAACUCCUGUCCCACCACCCCACCAACCAAAGCAUGUCACGUCAACUUCCCACCUGGGAUCUACCUAACAGCAACCAUCCACUUAAAAUCCAACGUUGUUCUAAACAUCCAAGAAGGAGCAACCUUGCUAGGCGGCACAAAACUGGAGGACUACCCAAAAGAGUUUAACAGAUGGUAUGUUGUUUUAGCAGAGAACGCGAGUGAUGUAGGGAUAACUGGAGGUGGGGUUGUUGAUGGUCAAGGAUUGAAGUUUGUUAAGAGGUUUAAUGAGAGAAAGAAUGUGAUGGUGAGUUGGAAUUCUACUGGGGCUUGCUUGGGUGAUGAGUGUAGGCCAAGACUGGUUGGCUUCAUUGGAUGUACAAACGUCAAGGUUUGGAAUGUUAGGUUAAGUGAGCCAGCUUAUUGGUGUUUGCACAUAGUACAGUGCCUUAAUACACACAUUUCUGACGUUUCCAUAUAUGGUGACUUUAAUUCACCUAAUAAUGAUGGGAUAGAUAUAGAGGAUUCUAAUAAUACACUUAUUACAAGAUGUCAUAUCGACACCGGAGAUGAUGCUAUUUGUCCGAAGACAUACACCGGUCCGAUUUAUAAUUUGACUGCUACAGACUGUUGGAUUCGAACAAAAUCUUCAGCGAUCAAGCUUGGUAGUGCUAGCUGGUUUGAGUUCAAGGGUCUGGUGUUUGACAAUAUCACUAUUGUAGAUUCUCAUAGAGGAUUGGGACUGCAGAUACGUGAUGGAGGAAAUGUAAGUGACAUCACCUUCUCAAACAUAAAUAUUAGCACAAGAUACUAUGAUCCAUCAUGGUGGGGUAGAGCAGAGCCUAUUUAUGUGACAACCUGUCCGCGACACUCAAGUUCAAAAGAGGGCUCAAUAUCUAAUCUACAAUUCAUCAACAUAACGACGAAUUCUGAAAAUGGUGUAUUCUUGUCAGGCUCUAAAGGUGGCCUGCUGAGCAAUCUGAGAUUCAUCAACAUGAAUCUGACUUUCAGAAGAUGGACAACUUAUCCAGGUGGCUUGGUAGACUACAGACCUGGAUGCCAGGGUCUUGUUAAUCACAGUGCAGCCGGGAUUAUCAUGGAACAUAUCGAGGGCUUCGAGGUUGAGAACGUAAAUAUGAGAUGGUCUGAUUAUCAAAAUGAGCCGUGGGAUAAUCCCUUGGAUUUCAGACCUUCGACUGUGAAUAACAUUUCUUUUCUCAAUUUCCAUUCUGCUUUGUAUAAACAAAUGAAAUAGCUAGGAAACCAUGAGAGGAACUGUCACUUGACGUCGUUCUUGGAUUGAAACAAUAGAGUUGAGUUCCAAUUUUUUCUACAUUUGGGGCACAGGUGUUCAUUUGAAGAGAAACACAUGCCUUGUAAUAUGUAAUAAAGGAAGCCUUGUAUUCAAGUUUUAUUAUAUUGAAACCAUUGAUAAUAGUGAUAA